UAGUGCAACCAAAUAAAGCUUUCAUCUCUAUAAAAUAAACAAUUGUGAAAUAGAUGAGCGCGCAUUCAAAUACAAUUUGGUAAAUAUAUGAAUUUUGCGAAGGAAUAAGCUCAUUUUCUUAGGAAGUGUCUACGCUAGUUUUUACCAACGAUAAAAUGAAGCGUACAAUGAGUAAAACUUCCAAUGAGAUUCAUGGCAUAAACUCAAAUCCAUCUUCCAACGAAAGUGAUGAUGAUGAGACGAGUGACGUAGAGGCAUUCGAUCAUACUCCAAGCAGCGAAACCGAUAAAAGAACGUCACACAUCAUAUCACCAAGGUCUCUCCAACAACGCCGUUUGGACACCGCAAGGAGCAUUUCCGAAUUUCAUUUCAUCAAAAAGCGCGUUCGUGUAUUAAGUUCCGAAAAUAAAGUAAGUGAAUCUCGUUGUGGAGGUGUUCUCUAUUGGAUGUCACGGGACGCACGCGUUCAAGAUAAUUGGGCAUUACUAUUUGCUCAACGUUUGGCACUCAAAUUCGAACUACCAUUUCUAAUUGCGUUUUGUCUCAAUCCUGGGCAUCUGAACACUACACUGCGACAGUAUGAAUUCCUAAUGGGCGGUUUGGAAGAAGUAGAAUGCGAAUGUCGAAAACUUAGCAUUCCGUUUCACUUAUUAAUCGGCCAAGUCGAUGAGCACUUGUCAGAAAUGGUGCGUUUGCACAACAUUAGUGCAGUCGUAUGUGAUUUCAACCCAUUGCGUGAAGCACAGCUUCAUGUGGAAAAUGUAAAAAAAGCGCUGCCCGUAGAUGUUCCAUUUACCCAAGUCGAUGCGCACAAUGUGGUGCCGCUGUGGGUAACAUCAGAUAAACAGGAAUUUGUACCUUUCUUUAUGCGCCGAAGAAUUAACUCGAGACUGGAGGCAUUCCUUACUGAAUUUCCACCAGUAACAAAGCAUCCUCACAAUAAAUGUGUAAUGAAUAGCUGCAUAUCUGUGGAUUGGAAGGCGAUUCUAUCUACGAUUCAGUGCGAUCGCUCUGUGAAAGCAGUAGAGUGGGCAAAACCAGGUUAUCGUGCGGCAUGCUUGCAGCUACAAAGCUUUUGUACGAAACGUUUACGUUUUUAUAACGAAAAACGCAACGAUCCUACCAUAGAUGCGCAGUCUGGACUGUCGCCAUGGUUUCAUUUUGGUCAAAUUUCUGUACAGCGUUGUAUUCUUGAAGUGAUGCGCUACACCUCAAAAUUCAAAGCAUCUGUAGAGACGUUUUGCGAUGCAGCUAUCAUUUAUAGAGAGUUGGCAGACAAUUUCUGUUAUUAUAAUGAAAAUUAUGACAAUCUAAAGGGCCUAUACGGCUGGGCGAUUAAAACACUCGAUGAGCAUCGCACAGAUGAGCGCAAUCCUUCUUACACUCUUUCCCAAUUCGAGCAGGCCCACACACACGAUGAUCUUUGGAAUGCGGCACAGAUUCAAUUGGCAAAUGAAGGUAAAAUGCAUGGUUUUCUACGCAUGUACUGGGCAAAAAAGAUACUUGAAUGGGCCGCUACGCCGGAACAAGCCUUAGAAAUUGCUAUCUACUUGAAUGACAAAUACAGUUUAGAUGGACGGGAUCCAAACGGCUAUGUAGGUUGCAUGUGGGCGAUUGGUGGCUUACAUGAUGGAGGCUAUCGUCCGAGGCCAAUCUUUGGUAAAGUACGUUAUAUGAAUUACAAAGGUUGUCAACGAAAAUUCGAUGUGGCUGCCUUUGUGGCGCGCUAUGACGCUGAAGUACAUGAAUAAGUGGUAAGGAAAUGGCUUUGAUUGGCUGUUAAGUUUUUAAAACU